GAGGGAAACUGCAACUGACCAACAAAAAACAGCUGGAAUCAGAGUAAGUUUUGUGGGACUCUUUGUGCCAUUUCAUUUUUUUGUCGAACGUCAAGCCAUGCAGAGCAGACUGGGACUGUUGAGGGAGUUUAGCUCGUACCAUGAUCUAAGCGAUCAUUUUCGCAUGUACAGAUCCCAAUCGAUUGAUACCCUAGACAAUGGAAUUGACAUGAACCCGCGUGCUGGGUCCAGAGAGGGCAUCGAUGAUUGCUACACGACAUGCUCCCAUUCGCAUUCCGGGUUGCUGCGGGAGCACAGCUUCAAAGUUAAGAGCACUUACUUCCACGUUGGAAACUGCGUGCAUUGUGAGAAAAGGAUUGGCUUUGGAACGGCCUGUCUGCAUUGUCGUGCCUGUCCGCUGCGCUGCCACAUCGGCUGCUCUCGCCAGUUGACGGUCAACUGUAUUCCCCAGCCCCAUAUGAACAGUAAGCGUGGAAGCCUUAGUGACUAUGCGCCCACGGUGGCGCCCAUGGUGCCGGCUUUGAUAGUCCACUGUGUGACGGAGAUCGAGGAGCGUGGGCUGCAGCAGGAGGGACUCUAUCGGCUAUCCUCGACGAGGGAGAAGUGCAAGCAGUUGCGGCAGAAGCUGCUGCGUGGAAAGUGGACACCGCAUCUGGGGAGCAAGGACACAAACACCCUGUGCUGCUGCAUUAAGGAGUUCCUCCGCCGUCUGGUGCAUCCCCUGAUACCCAUCUACCACAGGCGCGACUUCGAGAGAGCCACGAUCCAGAGCAAUCCUUCGGACGUGGAGGAGCAGGUUUAUCAGGUAAUGCAGAUGCUGCAGCAGGCGCAUCGUGACACGCUGGCGUACCUCAUGCUGCACUGGAAGCGUGUGGCAGAUAGUCCGAGUGCUAGAAUGUCCAUCAGCAAUCUGGCCCUAAUUUUGACUCCAACUUUGUUCGGGGAUCUCGACUUGACGGUGGAAAAUAUAACCACCUGGACAAAGGUGCUUAAGGAGCUGCUGCUGCUGCCGCAUGUUUUUUGGGUUCAGUUUCUGGAAGUGCAUCCUGCCCCUCUGUCCAACGAUUACCACGACGACGACCGGUACACACACAGGCAAUGGGACCAUCAUCACCACAGGCGCUGGAGCUCUGUUAAAACCUACUUUAGAUCUAUGGUGAAUCUCUCCACAAUCAGAUGAGAGAUGUUUUGUUUAUGUUUUAUUUGUUUAUUUUAGAUUUGUUUGCUUUGGG